AUGUCAUUUCAGAGAAUGCGUAAGCCGCGCCGGCAUCGGUGGCUGACGGUGUCCGUGUUCUUCAUAGCUUACUCCGUGUUCCAAGCUGUGCUGAGCCAUCCAUCUGAACCAGCGGAUCCUGAGGCUGAUACUACGAGGGUCUCACAGGCCCCAGAGAUAAAGAGCACUAGUGAUCUUAAAGCAGGACCGAUUGUGACCCCGAGUGCACCAAGUAAGGAAGAAGUUACGAAACCUGAUGGCAAGAAAGCUAUGAAAGGAUUAAUUGACGAAACAGAAGAAGGGGAAAAGAAAAAGCAAAAAGACGCUGGCUAUGAGGAGGACACGGGCACAGUGGAGAUUAGGAAGGAAGAGGAAAGGGAAGAGGAAACAGAUGCUAUACCAACCGUUCAUCCACUGAGGAACUGCACACCACCAGCUAUAGAACAGUUCCCGAGACCUCUCAUGGGUCAAACAGCUCGAAGACACGGAGGUCUCAUCAUCCAUGUACUGGUAGCUGUAUUCACAUUCAUUGGACUGGCGAUUGUUUGCGACGAAUACUUUGUUUCCAGUUUGGACAGGAUUUGCGAAGAAUUAAAGCUGGCUCCCGACGUGGCCGGAGCGACCUUCAUGGCGGCUGGUAGUUCAGCUCCUGAGUUGGCGACUGUUGUUAUUGGAGUGUUCUGUGCUCAAGAUGACAUUGGUGUGUCCGGUGUGAUCGGUUCAGCUGUGUUCAACAUAAUGUUCGUGAUCUCUGUGUGUGCUCUCUGUGCUGGGACCGUGUCUCAUCUCAACUGGUGGCCUCUGUGCCGCGACUGUUUCUUCUACGCCAUAUCUAUUCUGGUGAUGCUCUGCACUAUUGCUAACGGAUUUGUGUCUUGGCCGGAGGCUCUAUUCAUGUUGAUCAUGUACGGCGUGUACUGCGUCGCUCUGCGUUUCAACACGGCCUUGGAGCGUUGGGCUCUAACACUUCCUCUGCCUUUCAAACUGCCUUCAAGAGAGGAACAAGCGGCGUUAGUGACUUACAAGAGCGCGGGUGGGACAGCUGCUGGUGGGGCCGCGGAGGCUGCAGCAGAGGGUACAGCAGGACAGUACGCAGAGGUUGGAGGUACUAACGAACAACCGCAGACAGCGUAUAAUCCCGAUGGUGCUUAUGACAACGCCGCUUACAACGCUGAUCCAUCACGUGGCUGGGACCCUAACGCCGUUUGGGACCCUGAUCAAGCCUGGAAUGAGACCACCAUGCAACAACCACCAGUGACUCAAAACCAGUCGUGGGGAGACGUCGGCAACCAGAUGCAGUCACCAGAGGUUCAGUCACCACAACAACAGACCAACCAACAACAGCAACAGAAAACACAACAGGCGCCCCCCCAACCCGCCUAUUACAAGGCCAAGGAGUAUAACCCUGAGACAGCUGUAGACCCCCUCGUUAAACCCAUCGGAGCUAACCGGCUGCAGCUGGCGUGUUGGUACGUGGCCUUCCCGGUGCACUGGUCGUGUCGCCACACGAUGCCGGACAGCCGCGGCCGCUGGUACCCCAUCACCUUCAUCAUCUCCAUGCUGUGGAUAUCAUUCUACUCUUAUUUCAUGGUCUGGAUGAUCACUAUCAUUGGUUACACCCUCGGUAUUCCCGACACAGUAAUGGGUCUGACCUUCGUGGCCGCCGGAGUUUCUGUACCUGAUGCAUUAUCAUCUCUGGCGGUUAUUAAGGAAGGGUACGGAGACAUGGCCGUGUCCAACGCCGUUGGUUCAAACGUGUUCGACAUCCUCGUGUGUCUCGGCCUGCCGUGGUUCAUACAGACGGCUAUCAUACAGCCGGGCAGUCACGUCAAUGUUAUUAGCAAGGGUUUGAUCUAUUCGACUCUAUCGCUGUUCUCGACGGUAAUCUUCCUCGUGGUGGCCACUCACGCUAACGGCUGGAAGCUGGACCGUAAGUAUGGCGCCGUGUUGAUGGUUUGGUACCUGCUGUUCAUUACACUGGCGAGUCUGUACGAGUUAAACGUCUUCGGGAACUACCACCCGCCGGACUGCGAGUCUAUAUAUUAA